CAACCGAAAGGCACACACGCCGCAGCGGAUCUGCAGCACAUGACAAGCUGCGCAUAUCCUGGGGAUUAUGGCGUCGUUUGUGAGCGCACAGCGGAGGAGGAUCUGAUAGUGACCGUCUGAUGUGAUGAGGAGGAUGGGAAGGCGGAAAGGCAUGGUCAGCCUGCUGCUCAUCGCCUUGUCGUGCUUGUGCGGGCUCGGGGCCGUGACGGGAGCCAUCAACGCCAACCUCCCCUCCCUCGCCAACACUACAUGGAACUGGCUUGGUGGGUGCAGAGAGCCUAAACACACAGACUCCCUCCUGCUUUGCAACACUGUGCUCUGUGGGAUGUGUGCUGCUGGUAGGUCCGUUUCCUGCGACCACGGCUGGCAUCGGCGGUGAUGUACUGGAGGCGUUCGGCGGCAUCAAGGCAGCGCUGGAGGACCUCAAGGCAGGGAGGGACGUCCUGUGUCCGAGCGACAUAACGCAAGGGGGGUACGCCAACUGGUCCAACACCACGUCGGGCGAGGACGGGUUCGUGCAACUCAACUACUCGAUGGUCGACUUCGACGCACUCAACGAUGUAUGGAUGUAUGCUUGUCCGCAGACAGAGAGAUGCAGACACACACACACACAGAGAGAGGGAGAGGUAGAGUGCCUGAUGGAUGGACGGAUGGAUCACAUACAUGUGUGUGUAUGUGUGUGUAUGCAGGCGUUGGGUCCUGCGGCGUACAGCGUCAAGAGCUGGGCGGUGGCCAACUUCGAGGUGCCCGACGUGGGCGAGACCGGCAGCUACCUCAUCACAUGCGGGGGCGUGUCGUCAUUCUACAUCGUAACCAGCGCCACAGACUGACACACACAGACACGCAGAGCGGAUCUGUGCUGUCCGGCCAGCCAGUCGAGAGCCCUUGAUUGAGGGGUCUGGUCUGUGCUUGAUUUGAUUUGUGUGUGGUGUGUAUCUGUCCGUCUGUCUGUCGUUAGGAUGGGCACCGUCUGUCUGGUGACGUCUAUGCCCUUGGGUGGUGGUGGAACGGUGACAACAACAUCCUCAACGGCGAGUGGCUGCUGCAGGCCAUCCAGCUGGAGCCAGGCACACACACCAUACUGGUAGACAGACAGACAGACCAACAGACCAGCAGACCAACCGAGAAGGUUUGUGAAUCACGCCUCUGUGUUGUGUUGACCAGUUGAGCGCCCGGUUCUCGUUCAAGUGCAUGUUCAUCGACCCGGCCGUCCACCUCACCCCCUCAUACGACACCAUGCCCGAGGUCUUCGUACCCAAGCGGCACCAAGAGGAGGAGGACGAACAAGGAAAAAAGAAAAAAGACGAGGAGGAGUGCGAGUGCAAGGCAAAGGAGGAAACAGAGGGAAAAUCGGAGGGGGACAGCAAAAAGGAGAGGGGAGAUCAGAAGGGCAAGGCCCACACCGACACCCCCUCCAAGGCCAAGGCGGCGGGCAAGCUGUCGUCAUCAGACAUCCAUAUGGUGUCAGCCGCUACUGAGGGGCCGCUGGACAUCUCCGCCUAUGCGGCGUCGGCGAGCACCAGACCAAGGCCAGCGGGGGACAGGGCCACAGAGCUGCUGCAUGUCAAGGAGGCCGACGCUCUCAGCCUUCCAGGUGGGUGGAUGACUGAGUGAGUGAGUGACCCACCACGCACCAAUACCCAUAGCACGCCACAGCACAACGCACCGUUUGACUGUCUGUGUGCAGGUCGAUCAUCCAACCACACGUCACCCCCGAUUGUCUUGUCGACCGCGGCAUUGAGGAAGGACGGCGAGAGGAAGGGCGGAGGCGUCAUCGCCCGCAAGACACAAAAAGGAGUCAAGGUCGACAAUCUUGUCAUCAUGGUCAGCCCACCAAAUCUUACUGCUACGUGACGUCUGUCCAUCCAUCCAUCCAUCCAUCCGUGUGUGUGCAUGCGCGCGUGUGUGUGUGUGAGUGUGCAGCGUCUCCUGGGCGAAUUUGACAUUCCCAAGGCGCAUGCGCCGGGCCUGUGUUUCCAUGUCCCCGACAUAGUGGAGGGCCGGCUGGCCUCGCCCUACCUCAUGCUGCCCCUCCUCAACGCGGCAACGGCCACCGCAUUCGACGUGCGAGUCAAGACCACUAAGGUGCGCCAGGUGGAAGUGACCUACAUCGACAGCAAGAACCAGACCAGCAACGACACGCAAAAACAGCAAAAGGCCACAGAGCUGACAACAAAAGACAGAGAUGAGGACAAGGGCCAGGACAGCGAUAAUGAGAAGAAGGGCGAUGAUGAUGAUGAUGGCCGUUCGCCUCCGGUUGAGAAGGAGAAGAGGGUGCGGGUCCAUCCCUUCAAGGGCGACAUCUCCGUGGCGGCCAUCGUCGGCCCACCGCGCACCCACGGUGGCUAUGAUGGCGAUGACUCGCGGAACCGACAGAAGGUUCCCAGUCCGGAGCUCAUUCAGAUCCUCCCAGGUGAGUUGAGUGGCUGACGGGCGACAGACAGGGUGAAGCCAGCCCACGAACGAAGGAAGGAACGCACUUGCCGAUAUAUGUGUAUGCGGCCGUUUGUUUGUUUGCAGGCCAGGCGUAUGCGUUGGGCGUAGAGCUGUCGGUCGAGCUGUCGGAGGAGGAGGAUGCAGCCCUGUGCGGCAAGAAGAUCUCCACGGUGGAGGUCACCUUUGAGGUCACCGCCAGUUUCAAUGACGGCAAGGACCGCCCUGCAGCAGAAUAUACCCUGCCGCUGGACUGCAGGCAAGAUAGUCAAAUAUAUCAACGAAUCUCCAUGCCCAACCACACCACCCUCUCACAUAUCUCUCUCUCUCUCUGGGCCUUCCUUGCAUGUGUGUGUACCCAGGAGUUUCGCCGAGCGUCAAGAGUACAGAUUUACCUUCCUCGACACCGACAACAGCGUCCAGUACGCCACCAUCAAGCUCCCACAAACAGACUGCACAUGCCCCACCACCACCACCACCUCAACUGGCAGGAGCGGCAGCAGUGGGCAGCGAGAGGCCACAGGAGAGCAGUUCCUGGCCAUGGCCAUGCAGGAUGAGGAUGAGGAUGGUGGUGAGGAUGGUGGCUGCAGCUGCAACGUGCUGGUGGCGCUGCACGGUGCGAGUGUGGACGCCGGCAGCAACGACUGGUACGGCGCGGUGCCCUCAUUCAACAAGACAUUCGUGAUCUUGCCCACAAACAGAGGGUCAGCUAAUUGCCUCACAGGAGAGAGAAUAUAAGGGUGCAUGUGAAAGAUUUGUGUGCGCUUAUUGCAUCCCAUUGACAGUGCGUACGGCUACAACUGGGAGUCUGCCGGCAAGCAGAACCUGAUCUCGGCCAUCCUGGCGCUCAAGCGUACCCUUCCAGGUAGGUGCCAUGAUGUCGACAUGACUGCACUCACCUGCGCAUGGCUGUCGGGUGUCCCUCAUAUGGUGUGGUGUCAUGCAGGUGUGCCGGAGGAGAGCAAGGCAUCGUUUCGCGCAGACAUUGAGCGGCUGAUGGUUGUGGGACACUCUAUGGUGAGCGACGGUCAUGUUGGGGUGGGAAUCGUCAGGGGCUGGCUGACGUGCCUGGCCUUGUGUGUUGUUCCUGUCCUGUCCUGUCCUGUGUGCGUGUGAUGUAGGGCGGCCACGGGUGUUUCGUUUUCAGCACGCAGUUCCCGGACACCCUUAUGGGCAGCCUCUGCGCAUCGUGAGCGAAACAAGAACAGAGAGGAGGACACCACCAACACCCUCCCUGCUCAUCCCUCUCUGUCUGUCUGUCUGUCUGUAUGUCUGUCGCAUCCACCCUUCCAUCCAUCCGUCUUGUCUGAACGGGCAGCGCAUGGAUCAAGGUAGGUGAGAGAGAGCAUACGCACAUCAGUCAGUCGGCGCAUGUCUGUUCAUUUCCACACUCGCGGCUCCCUUUCUCUGUCUGUUACCCAUCUCAGCGUGACGAGUACAGUUUCCCCACGACCAACCAGGACAGAAGCUACACCGACCGGCUGUUCCGAGCCCUCCUUGCCGCAAGCCAGCAGGCCUACGACACCGACAUCCUCUCCACCCACCUCGUCGGCAUCCCUUUCCUGGGCCGCGCCGGCGGGGCCGACCUGACAGUGCCGGCAUACCUCCUGCGACGGUUCGUUCGCGUGUUGAGGCAGCGGGAGUUCCAGUACACCCACAAGUACGGCAGCGGGGACAUCAGGUUCGAGAUGAAGAACUGGCCGGGCGCACCUGAGCAUCCUGUGGUUGGCGACUCCAAGACGGUGCUCUACUCAGAGGUGGGUGGGUGCAGUAGGUGCAGUGGGUGCGGUGAAGGUGAUGGGAGAGGGAACAGAUGGACGAUGUGUGUGCAGGUCCCUGGGGAAGGCCAUUGGUGGGGCGAGGUGGUCAGCGCCCAGGAUCUGACGCCUUACUAUGAGGCGGUGCUCAAGGAUGGGCAGGGCGGCACCGAGCCGCUGCUGCGCGAGUGGACGACCACGACGCCGAAUGUGGGCGUGACUAUGAGCGGCAAGAACGGCCUCGUCAUCCUGCAGACGUUCCGCCCCCACCAGCAGGCGACGAUCCAUGCCACCCUGGAGCCUCCGACUCUCGACAGCCAGGAACCGAAGACCUGGACACUCAAGCUCAAGACCCACAACGUACGUGAGACAGCAGACAAGGGGAGCAAUGAGAAAGAAAGAAAGAAGCGACUCAAGAUGUUUGUCUGUCUGUGGGUCUGUGGGUCGGCAGGUGCGUCGGUUCGGUCUCAAGGCCAACAUGCUUCAGCUCGUAGGAAUAAAUGCAUCACCACCGCACAACAUCAACCGAGAAGCCGGUCUGCAUCUUGUGUUGUCUGUCUGAUGUCGUCAGCUCUCCCAUGGACGGGACACCUCGUUCUCAGCAGAGGACACCCUCUACCUCCUAGUGGACGACCAUCCCAUCCCCUUCAAAAUCGCCAACAUCGGCCCAUACCUCCUUCCCCAAGCCCACCUCUGCACAUCCUCCAGCGGCUGGGACAAGUGCGACGACUCCUGGUGGUCCACUGAGCGCAACGUGGCCAAUGCCGGGCCAUUCGGUGAGAUGAUGGCUCAGGGGGCCGUGGCGGUCAUCUACCCCAGGGUCAAGACGGAGGGCGUGAGUGAGGAGGAGAGGGAGGGUCGCGAGAAGCUGGCGUCGGCGGCCUUGAGCAUGGCCAACAGGCUGUUCACUGUGGGCAAGUAUGGGGUGCUGCUGUUCGACGAUGAGACUGCGGUGAACAAGAUGGAGCUACUGGCGGAGCACCGGGUGUCAUAUGUGGUGCUGGGAUCACCACCUCAGAACACAUGGAGCGACAAGUACGCCAACGAGCCAGCCACAGUAGAAGGGCAGUAUAUACUGUACCCAUUUGUCUAUCUGUUUGUGUGUGCCGUGUCUGUCUGCAGGUAUUGGGAACGGUCGACGCUGGGCAGGUCGCUGAUCGGUUUCUCUGUGGAUCAUCUGUUUGUGGGGACGAGCAAGUUCACCGAGCCGGACAUCGGUCUGGUGGCCCUGGCGUCUGUCAACGUCACCGACUCAUCAUCAUCAUCAUCAUCCCCCCCACGGAGAAGGAGAGCUCAGGCCGGGGAGGGCGAGGGCUCCUCGUUUCGCCACCACCCGUUCUAUCCCUGGUGUCAGGACACGGAGUCGCUCACACCGGCGUGCAACACACCCGAUCUCCACGGCAUGGUCAUUGCUGCAGGUCAGUGAGGGAGUGAGUGAACGAGCCGACAAGUGACACACACACACAUAUGCAUUGGGGCGAUCGCAUUGAUGGAUGCAUUGAUUAUACGGGUGCUUCCAUCCCGUGUGUAUGUGUGUGCAGGCACCACUUGGGAAGGCACUCUGCUGGCGUCCGAGCAGCUGCCGUACACCCAGAUGGACUGGCUUGUCCUCGACAAGCGCGUCAACUGGCAGGGAUACGCCCUGUGCGGCGGGUACUUCGCCUACGACUGGUCCUUGAGCGCUCUCAGCAGCAUGCCCUGUCCCUCUGAGGGUGAACAUGAGUCGCCCAUUCUCUCCCUCAUGGGCCUGCGGGAAGACGAUAUGAGGACGGCGGUCGCUGAGAGUAGGAGAAAGGCCAAUGUGACGACAGACGGUGUCGAUAAGGACGGGGGGAGGAAGAGUGCAAGCGCGGGGGGCUCGGCGCAGAGGACGCUGGGCGUGGCCUAGACUCACUGGAUGGGAUGGCGGGGUGCUUUGCGUGCCCUUGUGUGUAUGCUGUAGAUAUGCAUGCAUGUAUGUGUAGUUCAUAAUUAUUGAGAUUAUGGGUGGAUGGAUGGAUGGCAUUAAGUGUGCGGCACAUCGCGCAUGAUGGUGACCAUACUAAUUGACUGACUGAAUUACUGGAUGGAUGACUGACACAGAUGGCCGGCCGGCCGACGGACGGACGGACGGACGGCGCUUUUGUGGCUUGGGAUGGCUGGCUGGCUGGCUGUCCUUAUCACCUGUCGGCUUUCGAUCGAGGCAGCAAGGCCCCUUC